GUCCAGCGCAAGGCCGAGAAUGCCCAGAGUGCAGUGCGGCCGGAGAUAGAGGAACGGCUUCAGAAGGUGAAAAUGGAGGUGGAUCAGCAGAAGCGGCUGAAUGUGAAGCUGCAAGCGGAUCGGCUGAAGCUCUCCAACCAGCGGAAGGCCAUUGAGGAGGAGAUAAGGAAGGUGGGUAGCGAGCUUCGGAGCAAGGCUGCUCUCUUGCAUCGCAAGGGCCCGACUGGCCAGGAGAAAGGCAGCCAGACUGUUCUGGAGCAAUUGCGUCGCGAAAUUGACAUCUUGCGUGGUGCACUUCGGCAAGACGAAAGGAAGCACCGGGCGAUGCUGAAGGAAGACAGCCAGGAGGUUGGUCUUCUAGCCGGACAACUGAGGUACUUCGUGUGUGGGUCCGCAGAGGGAGACGUGGUACCGCGAUUUGACUCCUGGGAAAAUGGGAAGGCUGAAGCGCUGGUGAACUGCCUCGUCACUGCGAGAAAGCCCACGGCCAAAUCAUUGACGAGCUGGCGCAAGGAUCACGGCCUUGUCUCCAAAAGAGCAUCGAGGCCUCGAUACCAAGAAGCAGAUGUGCCGGUCAUGACGUGUCGGCUUGCGAGCCGAGCGCCCCUGGCAGGUGCCGGCAGCUUUAGGGCCGGUAUCAUGGUGUCAGUGGUGCGCGAUGCUCCCAAGUUCGAAGAUGCCCUGUCCCAGCUGGCGACCCUUCACGCGCAGGAGCUGGAGACGACGGAGAAGGAGCUGCGCUCCGAGAUCGCCCGCUUGCAGGCCUCCCUCAUGGAGGCGGAAGCUCUCAAGACUGCGGCCACCGAGCCCCGUGUCCUCGCUGCGGUGAUUGAGGACAUCGCUCAAGAUCUGCUCAGCGAACAGAAGGACGCCUCUGUGAGUGGAGAAGAUGCGAGAUCUGCAGGAGCUCUCAAGAUGUCAAAGCAGGUAUCCUUCGGCGCACACCAAGUCAAUCCAG